AUGACCACAAACGCUGUUUUUGUGCCCAUGGGUGUGCAGGCUUUCGUCGUCACAACAAAUUUCUCUCAAAGCAAAUACAGAGUCGCUCCUCUUAUUCAGCCAGACUACUCGAUCCUCCGUGCCGGCGGCCUACUCAACCACGAUGUCAUGGAACAGCUUCAACUGUCCAAUCACCGCCUUAUGGCGAAGGAUAAUACCCGCUUCGUUGAUGUAACCAACGGACAGGGGAUCACGGCUACUGAGAAGGCGUCGGUAGAUCACCCUGUUGCUAAGCUCAAGGCCGGAUACACCCACGAGGUGGUGGAAAACGGUGAUAACCAACCUGAAUAUUCCGACGUCAAGUUCCGAUCAAUUCCCACACCCUACCUCGUCUUCAGGAUCGCCUACUCUAGGAACUCGUCGACGCCAUCGUCCCAGAUCUUCGUGCUGGAGAGUGACCGGAUCCGCAAUAUCAACGAGGCGGACCUCGCCGAUGUUGACGUCGAGAACUUGACUUCUGCAUUUCUUAAUCCCAAACUAUCCAUCGAGUAG